UAAAAAAAGUAGGCAACGAAUGAAAUGUUUAUCAAAACGAAGUAGGAGCUCGCUUAAUUAUCAUAUAAUUAAAAUAAUUAUUAUUAUUACUAUACUUGGUUUUUGUUUACUCAGUUUUCGGUAGUUUGAAGAUUCGAUUAUACGCGGUAAUGAAAUUAGUAUAAUAAAUAUCGGUGGAUUCUCUUGUGAUAAUAAAUAUGGAUGUAGGAUUUAAAUUAAAGCAUGAAAACCCUAAAAAGAGGGCUAAUGUGUUAAAAAAAUUGUUUUUCGGAUGGAUGAUAACAGUGAUACGUAAAGCAGCCAAAACAGGUUUAGAUGUAAAUGACUUGUACAAAGCAAUGCAAAAAGAUAAAUCUGAACAACUAGGAGAUCGCCUUGAACAUAACUGGAACAAAGAACUUUUGAAAUCCAAAGAGAAAGACUUUAAACCAAGUUUAUUAAGAUCCAUCUUUAAAACUUUCUAUAAGGAAUUUAUGUUGUAUGGAGUUUUAUGGUUUGUUACGACCUGUAUACUUUGGAGUUCACUGCCACUAAUUUUAGCGCAUUUAAUUUCAUUAUUUAGUGGUCCCUUCGAUGAAACAAAACAAACUGAAAUGUAUAUAACUGGGGCUGGAUUAGUUUUAGUAUCUGGUUGCGUAAUAUUUACGUUCCAUCACGCUAAUUUUGGAUUGUCUGCCAUUGGUAUGAGAAUCAGAAUUGCAUCGUCCUCGCUCAUGUACAGAAAGAUAACAAGGUUGAACCAAAAAUCUCUUGGAGAAACAGCUGCCGGACAAAUUAUUAAUUUAUUAUCUAACGAUGUCAACAGAUUCGAUUUGGCAAUCACUCCCCUUCACUCGCUAUGGGUAAUGCCUUUUCAAGUUGCUUAUCUGAGUUACAUCAUUUGGAAUCAAGUCGGGAUUUCAUCGUUAGCUGGAAUCAUUUCUAUGGCACUGGUAGCGUUACCAUUACAAGGUUACUUGGCCAAAGUCUUGGGACAAUUUCGACUCAAAGUAUCCAAAAAGACAGACACAAGGGUUAAGCUGAUGACGGAAAUUAUAUCCGGAAUUCAAGUGAUAAAGAUGUACGCCUGGGAAAAACCAUUUGAACAAAUGGUCAAACUAGCCAGAUUCGCGGAAAUUAAAGAUAUUAAAGUUGCAUCAUAUAUAAGAGGAGUAUUCAACGGUUGCGUAGUUUUUCUGGAACGACUGGCAUUAUGUCUCACUGUGAUCUGCUACGUUUUAUUGGGUAACGACAUUUCACCAUCAAUCGUAUUCUCUCUGGCGCAAUGUUUUAACAUACUCCAAUUUGCAAUGGCUAUUAUGUACCCUAUGGCUAUCAGUCUUGGGGCCGAAGCUUUGAUAUCAAUAAAGAGAAUUCAGGAAUUUCUCUUACUGGAAGAAAGAGAAGUUCGUUCCAUAAUUGAAAUCAAAACUAACGGCAUCAUAUUAACUGGAAUCAAUGCCUCUUGGACAGAUAAUGGAAGUACAUUGACAGAUAUCAAUUUAGAAAUACCACCGGGUACUCUAUGCGCUGUUGUAGGACCAGUUGGAGCUGGUAAAAGCUCAUUGAUACAACUUCUAUUAGGAGAACUAGUAGAAAAAUCUGGAAAAAUUCAAAUGGGCGGUGAAGUAUCAUACAGUUCUCAAAAUCCUUGGCUAUUCCAGUCGACAGUGAGAAACAACAUCCUCUUCGGCCAACCUUACAAUAAAAAUUGGUAUGAAACAAUUGUAAAAGUUUGCGCUUUGGAGCGCGAUUUCGAACAAUUUCCGCGAGGAGAUCAAACCGUUGUCGGAGAAAGAGGCGUGUCUCUUAGUGGAGGACAGAGAGCAAGAAUUAACCUGGCCAGAGCGGUCUAUCGACAAGCCGAUAUAUAUCUAAUGGACGAUCCAUUAUCUGCCGUCGAUACUCACGUUGGAAAACAUUUAUUCGAAGAGUGCAUUAAUAAACAUUUAAGAGGAAAAACUAGAAUUUUGGUGACACACCAAUUGCAGUAUCUGAAGAAAGCUAAUUUGAUAGUUGUUAUUAAUGAAGGCAAAAUUGAGGCACAAGGUACAUUCGAUGAACUUUUAAACAGUAAACUCGAUUUCACUAAAUUAUUAAUAGAUACAGGCGAAUCCGGUGAAAAGCCAGAUGAUAUACAUGUUCCAGAAAUCGAAUCGAUGAAAGAUCGAAAAAUUUCCGUAUUAUCUUGGCACAGUGAUAUAUCAGAAUGCUUGGAGUCCACUUUACAACCAGCCGAAGGAGAUCAAGAAGAGGGAAAUGAUCCAAACAGCAAACCGUUCAAAGAUUACCUAUUGGCUGCAAAAAGUAUUUGUCUUUUGGUCUUUCUGAUUACGUUGAUGAUAGUAGCUCAAGGAGUUUGUGCUUGUGCUGACCUUUGGGUGGCUUUCUGGACAACUCAAGAAGAAAUAAGGCAUACUCCCAAUUCAACAAUUUUGGAAGCUACAGAAUCACCACAGAUUGAAAUCUUCAACAUUGGUCAAACGAAUACCACAAAUUUAACAAAUAACUUCAGAUAUGAUACUAAUCCAAAUAGCAGGACUCCUAUACUUAGUGUAGAUAUUGACGAUUUGUUCGAUUACAUUAAGAUUGAUGAUACAAUGCAUAAACUAAUAAAAACUCAGUACGCCAUGUAUUUAUAUGCAGUUAUAAUAGCAUUGGCAGUGAUUCUAACUAUCGGAAGAUCAUUUUUAUUUUAUAAAACGUGCAUGCUGUCCUCGAUUAAUUUACAUUACACAAUAUUUAAUAAAUUAUUGAAAGCACCGAUGAAAUUUUUUGAUACAAACCCCAGUGGAAGAGUUUUAAAUAGGUUUUCCAAAGAUAUGGGUGCUAUUGAUGAAGUUCUGCCUAGAGUGUUGAUGGAUGCUGUCGGCAUUGUUCUAGUAAUGUGUGGUAUCCUAGUUAACGUAUCUAUUUCUAAUCCUUACAUAAUAAUCGCCAUCAUCGUAUUGGGAGCAGUAUUUUUGCAAUUUAGAAAUUGGUAUAUCGCUUCAGCAAAAGUUAUCAAGCAUCUUGAAGGAAUAGCUAAGUCACCAAUGUUUUCCCAUGUUAACUCAACACUUAAUGGUAUUACUACAAUAAGAGCGUCCAAUGCAGAAGAUGUUUUGAUUGACGAAUUUGAUAGUAAUCAAGAUGUCCAUACUGCAGCCUGGUAUCUAUUAAUAGCUUGUAUGGGCUCUUUUGGUCUUUGGCUGGAUAUAAUAAGUUUAAUAUUUACAGCCUCUGUUACAUUCAGUUUUAUAUAUUUACACUCCAUAUCUGCAGUGAAUGGUGCUUUGGUAGGUCUUGCCAUUUCUCAAUCUAUGAUCCUCACUGGUAUGUUGCAACAUGGAAUGCGACAGACAGCAGAAGUUGUUAAUCAACUCACUAGUGUCGAACGAGUUCUUCAGUACACUACUAUGGAACAAGAAGGGCCAUUUGAUACGCCAAAAGAUAAUAUUCCGAAAGAUGAAUGGCCGAAAGAAGGUUUGGUAGAGUUUAAAGAUCUUUCUCUAAAAUAUGUAGAAGACGAACCACCAGUUUUAAAACAGUUGAACUUCACUUUAUAUCCUGGCCAAAAGAUUGGAAUAGUAGGAAGAACAGGUGCAGGAAAAACUUCCCUCAUAUCGGCCCUAUUUCGACUGGCACCGUUAGAGGGCGCCAUAUUCAUAGAUGGAUUGGACACUAAAACUUUUGGUCUUAAUGAUCUGAGGAAGAAAAUAUCGAUUAUACCUCAAGAACCAAUAUUGUUUUCAGCCACGUUGAGAUAUAAUUUAGAUCCAUUUGGUGAAUAUGAAGAUGAUAAGAUAUGGAAAGCAUUAGAACAGGUCGAACUGAAAGAUGCUGUGGAUUCGUUAGACUUCAUGGUGGCUGAGGGAGGUGGUAAUUUCAGUUUAGGACAAAGGCAGUUGGUCUGUUUAGCAAGAGCUGUUUUAAGAAAUAAUAAAAUUCUUGUUUUGGAUGAAGCAACUGCGAAUGUUGAUCAAAGAACGGACUCAUUUAUACAAACCGCAAUUCGACAAAGAUUCAAAGAUUGUACAGUACUCACCAUUGCCCAUAGAUUGAACACCAUCAUGGAUUCCGAUAAAGUUUUAGUCAUGAGUUUUGGAAGCUUGGUAGAAUUCGACCACCCGCACAAUCUGUUACAAAUACCAGAUGGUUACUUCCAUAAAAUGGUACUAGAAACUGGUCCUGUUAUGGCCAUGCAGUUAAAGGACGUUGCACUGGAAGCUUACCUGAAAAAAGAGAAUCAAGUGACUGAAUUAAAAUAAGCAAUUUUAAAUAAAAUUUAUUAUUGUACUUAACUUUAUCAAUGUGUUAUACUUUUUAAAUUAUAUUAAUUCAUAUCCUUAUUAUUUCUUCUU